AUGGUCCGGGGCCAAAACCGGGGAGUUGAGACUGCGAGACGGGAUUGCAUCCUUUUCCCGGGUUCGUGGCUGAGGCGCAUCCCGUGGCCCGGCGAGCUGCCGGAGCAGCUGAAGGUCUUCAAGUCCAAGGGCCAGCCCUUCUUUCUGAACCACGUGAACGCGCGGCAGCGCUGCAAGGAUGCUUGCAUGCGCCUGGGCAUGGGCGUGGGCGCGUUCCUGGGGGUUUGGUUCAUGGCCCGGUGCAUGGACCACGCGCCUUUGGCUUCGCUGGGCUUCCGCCUGGACGGGCGGUUCGUGGCGGACGGCCUGGCGGGGCUGGCGGUGGGGGUGGUCAUCGUGGGGUGCAUGUUCUUGGUGGAGCUGAUGGCCGGCUGGGUGGUCUUCCUGCAGUUCUUCGAGGUCUUUGACAAGUCGGAUAACUUCUGGAUGUGCAUUUUCUGGGACGUGGUCUUCCACUUGAAUGUGGCCAUGAAUGAGGAGCUGCCUGUCCGUGGUUGGCUGCUGUACAACCUGGCGGAAGCCGGCAUGGCAUACGGGCAUCUUUCCGGCAUCGCCGCCUUCCUUUUCGCCAUGGUGCUGGAGUCUGUGUUCUUUGUGGUGUUACACCUGCCGUCGCCCGGAGGCACCAGACCUUUGAGCAUGCUCAACAUCUUUGUGGGCGGCAUGGCCGGCGGUUUGAAUGUCCUGCUGACGGGGAAUCGUCUAGGCUUCGCCUUGGGCUGGCACUUCGGCUGGAACAUCUCCAUGGGGAACAUCUUUGGGCGCAGUACCAGCGGCAUUCCCAUCUCAGCAACCUUCAUCUCUGUGGCGCCCCACCCCCAAAAGGAGCAGCUCCACGGCGUGGGCCUUGGGUGCCGAAAUGAAGCGAUGCCCCGGAGGGGUGGGGUGGGGGCGCCCACCAGGGUGUGUGUCCUUUUUUUGGGAUGA